UAACCUGACGUCAUGUGAGUGGUGACGUCAGACAGGAACCAGUGGAAGGGAGCCUGACAAAUCAAGAUGGCGUCCCUCGGCAGAGAAGGAAAGAUAUUUCAUAAAAAAUAAAACAUUUUCGACCCUAAUUCUAAUUGCAGCAACACACCGAUAAGGAAUAAAGUCACAUUUGUAAGAGCAAGACGAGGCAGAUGCAGAGUAUCUAAAUGGCUACAAGGAAGUCUGUAUCAGAUGCAUACAACAAUGGACCCAUCAGCUACCUUGAUGAUGUUCCCUUCAAGGUCAAUGAAAAGUUUCGCUGCCCUGCUAAGGUGGGGCUACCUGUCGGCUUUUGUCUGCCAGACUGCAGCUCUCUGUUUGUGGACACAGAGUAUGACUUUUGUCUGGAGAAGCGAAGUGUUCGCUGGGGGAUGGAGCUUGCUGAAGCGCGAGCAGCGGAGGCACGAGCAGAAGAGGCCACUGCGAAACAGGAGGCAGAAAAUCAAGAAUGCUUGGCUCAGUCUGAGGACAUUAAUGGUGGUAGAGGGAAGAUACCCCAGUCUGCUGUUGAAGACCAUGACCCUCCCCCACCAGCAAUGAACCCUGUCCUUGCAGGACUGAGCCAUGAUGCUAUACUCACACCUCUGCCUGCCCCAAGUCUUGGUCCAAGGAAAAUUCAACCUAGCACUCAUCAGCCACAUGGGCUCAACCUGGCUGACUUUGAGCGGGAAGAAGACCCCUUUGACAAGCUAGAGCUUAAAACAUUGGACGAUAAAGAGGAGCUUAGAAGCAUUCUCCAGAGCCAGCCUCAACCUGCUCCUUCUGUAUCCCCUCUGGAUGGGUCCCAGCAAGGCCCCGCUUCACGUGGAAACAGCCCAUCUCCUCCCACCAACACCAGCGUUCCUGUGAAAGCAGGCUUUGCCCAUAAACCCAAUGGCUUGGUUGCUUUGAUGGAUAUGGACAGAGUUGGGCAUCAUGUAAGAUCAAGUUUUGAAGCGGAGGAUCGACCCUGCAACAUCCGCUCCCUGACUUUUCCCAAACUUUCGGAUUCUGGGGAUCCCGAACCAGUAAGAAACAGCCCACACCUCGCACCCAUGCCUGCUCCCCAACAGAACCUACCCAAUGGCAGCCCCCCGAUUAUACCCAGGUCCCAGGUUAUUGUUGCCCCUGAGCACCUUAGCUUCAGUAAGAGUAGUGGACCAAAACAGGUAAACUCGGGGUUAGGUUCUGCUGGCUUGCCAUGUGGGGGAGCCUUGCUGAGCAUGACCCCUGGUGAGCGCCAGUGUGUGGAAACCCUUGUGGGCAUGGGUUAUUCUUAUGAGGGUGUUCUUCGGGCCAUGCAACGACAAGGGCAGAAUGUGGAGCAGGUACUGGAUUAUCUCUUUGUCCAUGGACGUCUGUGUGAGCGGGGCUUCGAUGCAAGCGCUGUGGAGGAAUGUUUAGAGAUGUACCAAUGCUCAGAAGAAAAGGCAUUGCAGUUCCUUGAGUUGAUGUCGAGAUUUGGAGAAAUGGGAUUCGAGCGGGAGGCCAUCAAGGAGGUGCUGCUGGUCCACAACAAUGAUCAGGACAAGGCGCUAGAGGACCUGAUGGCUCGGGCUGCAGCUAGCUGAGCCAAGCUAAUGAAGCAACCGCUGCAGGGCCUGCUUCUUGUUACCACCUCAAACAGCGCCUUUUUUCUGCCCACCCAAUCACACCAUGCCCUGCAGCAUGUGCUUGCCUUGGCUGUGGAAGGGACAACUGAGAGAACAGUUGUUUCUCUCUGUGCUAAACUGUAUUGUUUCUCAAGCACUUUAAGAUGGUGUGCCAAGAGUAACAAUACUUCCCAGCGGUGUUUCUUUCUAAUAAAUACUGAGGUGAUAUUCUAGGAACUGGUACUGCUAGGGUACUCACGAAUAGAGAGGAGGACCAAGAAGAAUUGGGCUGUUGGCUUUGAUGCCAUUUAUAUUUGCUUCCACUUGGAAGUGUUGAGCUGACUGCAGGUCAGAAUUUGCCGGUCUACACUCUUGAAACUGAUUAACAACCAAGUUGCCAUCUUCCACUGCUCAGUGCAGAGCUAGUAAAUGGUGGAAAGGAUAAGGGGUUUUCUUGAAAUUGAACUAAGAAACAUCACAAGUACAAAAACAGAAGAUGAAAGUCAAAGGCACAGUGACCGAACGGAGGAAGAAGUGACUCAAGACGUGCCCUCUCUGCUUCGGUGCACUGUACCUUCUCCUUUCAUUUGUGUUUCUCUGUUCAUUUGGGCACUUUUUCAUGUCAGUUUCUGUAUUUCACAUUAUUUUAUUUAGGAUCGCUUUAUUAAGCAUUCAUCAUUGCAACCCAGAAAAUAAGUGAUACUACUGCUCCAGUUUGCGCUUUUAGCUGCACUGGAACAACCUGCUGCAUAAGCAGCAAGAGAUGGAGGAUCUCGCUCCUCCUGGUUAAACAGUAUAAUAAAUCUCCUACAUCCCACUGACAUUGACAUGUCACACUGCACCAACACUUGUUUCAUAAUUAUCAAUUUAUGUAAAAUAGUACACUGAUACUUUAAUUUUUACAUAUAGAGUUUGACAAUGUAAGGCAUGAAAAGGAUGACGCGCUGUGGCGACCCCUAAAGGGACAAGCCGAAAGGAAAAGAAGAAGUUGACUGGCACUUUGAGCCGCUCUUGUUGUUGGGAGAUCUGGAACAGUCUUUAAGUCUCGCAGGAAAUUUGGAUGUAACUUGACAAGUUUUAAUAUUAGUGAUUUUUCUCAUGCCAUUUAUCUAAUCAAACAUGACCUUACGUUGGUUGACUUGUUCAUAUGUUUUGAGUAAUAAUCUUAUUGAGAUUUGUUGGGCUCUUGUUUGGGGGGGGCUCUAUCUUAGUAAUAAUGCACAAUAGGUCUUGUGAGUUGGCAAGAUAAUGAGACAGCAGAGUGCACAACCCCCACCUUCCUCCAAAAAAUAUCAAGGUAGUGUUAUCAAAGGAAAAAAACAUUUUACACAUGUCCAACAAUAUCAAGUAAGAAUGAAAUCAGUACACUUCCCUGCCAGAGCACCAGUCACAAUAUUCCACUGAUGUUGUUUAAGCAAAACGUCUAUAUUUUGAACAUUAUUUGACUCAGAAUGGCCAAAGUAGCUAAGAUGUCAAUUUGCAGACAGGAACAAUCUCAAACUAGUAUGCAGAAUUGUAGGCAUUAUCAACACAAAACAUUUGUCACUUUUCAACUGUUAACAUCGAUCUUAAAUUCUUCAAUUCAGUCCAGCUUUUUCUGUUGUUUGGGUUAAACAUUUUUAUUUAUUUUUUUAAAGAAUUUGACAUGACCAAAGAAAAUCUGUCCUGGCCCUACUUUCCUCACUACAACUUAGAAGGUAAGUGGACAAUGCUACUCCACAAAAUUGAGAGUGACAGACACAGUUUGAUGGCAUUGGGAUCGGAUGUGCAGUUGCUUUUUGGGCCUUAUCCAUUAAUGUUUCAUGCUGUGCUAAAGGCUCAUGUUUAAGGGUUGGCAAAUACAGUACUUCUAAUAGAUCACCCAAAGGAUUGUGUUGGCUCCAAGUAUCUGAUGCCUGAUCAUAAUAGGACAUUAUAGGUGUGGGUUGUUACAUAUGUUCAGCUUCCUCUUUUGUGACUUGGAAGGUCCCAAUGAUUAAAUACACAGAUAAUUUCAGUAAUCAGAGCUUCUCUAGUAUUUCUUGCUAAUUGCGUGCGUCUUUGUGCCUUGUUUGUCCACAGGAAAUAGAGUACUGUCUCAAGUCAGUUUAGUAGACAAGACGGCAGAAACAAGAUGGGCAUCCUCUCUGUCACCAAGAGGAAGCAUAAAAAGCUUAAAUUCCAUCCAUCAAUCCAUUUUCCGUACCGCUUCUCCUCACUAGGGUCGAAAUUUUAAAAGUAGCCACAGUUGAUUUAUUCAGCUACAAUUGUAUCGCCUCUCCUGUUGUGAGAAGAAUUCGAGGCAGUACAUCAUACUCACCGGAAAUGGUGAUUAUUAAAUCAUCAGGUGAAAUCCACAUCAAAAUAUAACUUUUCAGGAAACCAAAAGAACGACAUGUUUGUUGAGCCAUUAACAUUGUAUCAUCAAAGAGAUCAAGCCAUUUCCAACACUUUAGAUUGGUAAAUAACACCAAUACAGGGACUGACCAAUAGUAUCGAUUUGUGAAAAUGUAUGAAAUUGAUCAACUUUCGAGAUAGGUUUUGGUAGUCGAGUUUGGUUGUAACAAUUUUGCUCUCACCAACCAAUCAGAGGACGGGCAAAUGCAGACGUCAUCGAUAGCCAGCUUCAUGGCCUGGAUAGAUGAUUUUCAAAUACGUUUUAUUAGAUUGAUUUGACAGCGCAUCGAGACUGAAAUCUGAUUGGACAAAACAAUUUAAUACCGACAAUGAUGCUCCUCAUGACGCCAGCGAUUUAUUGUGUGCAGAUUUUACAGAUGUGCUUUGGUAGUCGAAGUUGGUUGUAACAAUUUUGCUCUCACCAACCAAUCAGAGGACAGCCAAAUGCCGUCGUCAUCGAUAGCCAGCUUCAUGGCCUGGAAGGAUAAAUUUAAAAUACGUUUUAUUAGAUUGAUUUGACAGUGCAUCGAGGCUGAAAUCUGAUUGGACAAAACAAUUUAAUACCCACAAUGAUGCUCCUUAUCUCCAAUUUUUGCUGUACUAGUUGCUUCUCUUGGCAUGACUCAUGUCACCAUAUGUACUUAAAGCAGUGCAGCUGAGAAAAACAUUACAAAAUUAAUAGACAGUUGGAAAUGAUAGCAUUUCAUAGAACAAAUAUUAGAAUUUAGGUUGUAUAUUUAGGUAUGUGCUGCGAUUGGCUGGCGACAAGUUCCGGGUUUACCCCGCCUCUCUCCCGAAGUUAGCUGGGAUAGGCUCCAGCACGCUCGCUACCCUAGUGAGGAUAAGUGGCAUGGAAAAUGAAUUAAUGGAGGUAAGUGCUUCUGAUAGCCAGCAGAUGAGGCCUUGCUUGCUUGGACUGCCGCCAUUGACUAAUUUAUUAGACUACCACCAACUGUAAAGUUUAUACCACUGCUUCCCUAAAUUAUCAGCAUUUGCAAGGCCCAAGUACAACCCCAAUUCCAAUGAAGUUGGGACGAUGUGUUAAACAUAAAUAAAAACAGAAUACAAUGAUUUGCAAAUUAUGUUCAACCUAUAUUUAAUUGAACAUACUACAAAGACAAAAUAUUUAAUGUUCAAACUGACAAACUUUAUUGUUUUUCGCAAAUAAAUAUUAACUUUUUUAACCACAUGCCAAAAAAGCUGGGACAUGUAAAAAAGACUGCGAAAGUUGAGGAAUGCUCAUCAAACACCUGUUUGGAACAUCCCACAGGUGAACAGGCAAAGUGGGAACAGGUGGGUGCCAUGAUUGGGUAGAAAAUGAGUUUCCCUGAAUUGCUCAGUCAUUCACAAGCAAAGAUGGGGCGAGGUUCACCUCUUUGUGAACAAGUGCGUGAGAAAAUAGUCGAACAGUUUAAAGACAAUAUUCCUCAAUGUACAAUUGCAAGGAAUUACGGUCCAUAAUAUCAUCAAAAGGUUCAGAGAAUCUGGAGAAAUCACUGCAUGUAAGCGGCAAGGCCGAAAACCAACAUUGAAUGUUCGUGACCUUCUAUCCCACAGGCGGCACUGCAUUAAAAACCAACAUCAAUGUGUAGAGAAUAUCACCACAUGGGCUGAGGAACACUUCAGAAAACCAAUGUCAGUAAAUACAGUUCGGCGCUACAUCCGUAAGUGCAACUUGAAACUCUACUAUGCAAAGCAAAAGCCAUUUAUCAACAACACCCAGAAACGCCGCCGGCUUCUCUGGGCCAAGCUCAUCAAAAAUGGAUUGAUGAAAAGUGGAAAAGUAUUCCAUGGUCUUACAAGUCCACAUUUCAAAUUGAUUUUGGAAAUUGUGGACGUCGUGUCCUCCGGGCCAAAGAGGAAAAUAACCAUCUGGACUGUUAUGGACGCAAAGUUCAAAAGCCAGCAUCUGUGAUGGUAUAGGGCCGUGUUAGUGCCAAUGGCAUGGGUAACUUACACAUCUGUGAAGGCACCAUUAAUGCUGAAAGGUACAUACAGGUUUUGGAGAAACAUGCUGUCAUCAAAGCAACGUCUUUUUCAUGGACGCCCCUGCUUAUUUCAGCAAGACAAUGCCAAACCACAUUAUGCACGUGUGACAACAGUGUGGCUUCCUAGUAAAAGAGUGCGGGUACUAGACUGGCCUGCCUGCAGUCCAGACCUGUCUCUUUUUGCACAAUUGUUUUUUGUCAAUGUCUUUAUGUCCCCAAAGUGUUCUGUAAAUUGACUGUCUGUUGUACUAGAGCGGCUCCGACUACCAGAGACAAAUUCCUUGUGUGUUUUGGACAUACUUGGCAAAUAAAGAUGAUUCUGAUUCUGA